CAACCUACCAUGCCGUCCCACCUGACCUCUUCGCACCAUGACUUACCCACUACUCGCGUACGCCGUCGGUGCCCUCGUCGCCUUCGCCCUCUACAAGCUCGUACGGUUCAUAUGGAACAUAAACACAUCGCCACUCCGACACCUCCCUGGCCCCCCAAAUGACAGCUUAUUCUGGGGUAACAUGAGGACCAUAGAGAAGGAAGAGCACUCGGUCGUUCAGGAACGAUGGGCUGAGCAGUACGGGCAUAGCAUCGCCUACAAAGGUGUCUUUGGCGCGUGGCGUCUGUGGACGGUGGACACCCGCGCGCUCAACCAUGUCAUGACGCACUCUACCAUCUACCAGCGUCCGCCGCAUGCUAGGUAUUUUCUCUCUCGCCUCGUCGGCCCUGGGAUCCUUGUUGCCGAAGGUGCGUAUCCCUUAAAGCUAUCCUUCCUGUAA